CCGACUGCAUUAGCGGUGAUGUGUAUCUGCAGAGCCGCGCAUCUGAGCAGAAGGGGGAUGCGAGAACUCGAGCCCCAAAACGCGAAGGCAGCGCACCAGAGCCGUCUAUAAGCGGAAUAAAGGAGACCCCCCGCAGCCACGGCAUGACGGCGCCCUGACUGAACACCGCAGCCCGCGCGCUUCUCCCUCCUCCAUUCCGUCACCUCUGAAGAGAUGGGCUCUCAGGUGGUCCAGACCCUGCGGCAGGGGGUCUGGGCAUCACUGACCGGAGGCUGGUACCACGACCCGGAGCAGAACAAAUUCAACAACUCGUGCCACCUUUACACAUGGAUGUUCCUGCUCGUGCUGCCGCUCUCCCUGCAUUUGGCCCUACCACCCACUGCGCUCGCCCUCAGUAUUUACUGCACCGCGAUCACAGUUUUCUUCAUCCUGGUAAAGAUGGUGAAUUAUCGUCUGCACCUGAUGUUUGACAAGGGAGAGCUCGUGGCUCAGAGCAGUCUCUCGGACGUCAGCAAAGGCGUAGAGAAAAAGAGCGAGGCCUCGGACUCCUGCCUGCCUCACGUUGGCUUGAGGAAGAGCAGCACGGCCCCUGACGCCGUUGCCAUGGCGGCGCUGACCAGAAACCGUCCCAGUCCAGUAAUCCAAGUCACCGUGAAGCAGACGGAGACGGACGCGGGCCUCAUCGGCGUGGAGGCCCCGACGUCUGAGGUCACGAGGAGCAAUGAAGGCCAGAGAGACACUCCGUGUCAGCAGAAGUCUGGUGGAACUCCCUCUCCUGAGAAGAGAGCUGACUCUGAUGACCGCUCGAGGCAUCGGUCGGGCCCACAGAUCAGCCCGCGCGAAGACUUGGAGGGGCAGAAGCCAACUUCCGACAGAGACACGGCGGACGAAGGGCUGCCACCCUCCAAAGGCAGCGAUGAGGAGACUGCAGGGGAGUCUGAGGAAAUAAAGGAGGCUCAGGACCCCAAUAACAAUGCCCCGGAGCCCAUUCAAGAGACAGAGGAUGCUCUCAAGGCCCCUCAGGACAGCCAGCCAGAGGAGAACUACUGUUCUGAUGAGAUUGCCGUGGUCCUGGUGGACAACUCUGGACCCGUGGCCUCCCUGGACGAGAGCGACACGGUAAAAAUUGUCAUCACCAUGAGCUGCGAUGCCCAAACUGCUGCCGAGCUGGAGGAGUCUGUCAAGCUCAGCAUCCUGGAGUCAGCACAGGCUCGGAUGGACGCGGGCCGUGGCUCUGGCGACUGCCCCGUCAAGAUACCCGUCAUUACCUUCGAUUCGCCUGAGGAUGACGGAUCAGCUGCUGAAGAAGAGAGUACGUGUGCCUGCAAGGAUGAAGCCACCACACAACCACCACCCACGUCAGAUGCUGACCCCUCCAAAGUGGAGAUGAGCAUCGACUCAGCCACCCAGGACCAUCAGCACCACAGAGGAGAAGAGGAGCUGCUAGAGCCACCGAGCCCUCAGCUGACUAAUGACAACAGCUCAUCGGGCAUCGAUGUCCAAUCCCACCUGGACGAGAGUGACCCACCAGAGCUUAAGAAGGACAAGGAUGGGUUUCUGCGGAUCCCAUCCUGCUUGGGAAGACAUGGCUCGGGGAGGAUGCACGUGAGGGGCCUGAGUGUGGACAGUGGCACAGACGCGGCCCUGGGUGCCGACGCAGCCGAGGAUAAGCAUCGAACAAUGACCUCCUCCAAGUCAGACCUGGAGGCCAAGGAGGGCCAGAUCCCCAAUGAGUCCAACUUCGUGGAGUUCGUGUCACUGCUGGAGUCCAUCAGCAGUACAAGGGGUGGGAGUGGAAACCCUGCUUUGGAGGGAACAGCGGAGGCUGAGAAGGUCACAGAAGAAGACAACGAGACAGGUGUUAAAAAUGAUGAGGAGACAGAGAUGGAGAGGAAACGUGAGCACACAAAUCCCCCAAACAGCCUGACCACAACCGAGAUGCCCCAAACCAUUCCCGAAAAACCGAUCCCGAUCGUCUCUCCGGACAGCCCUCAAACAGACAAAGAUAAGGAUCCAGAUUAUGACUCCCUGCCAUCCCAGACCUCUCAAUCGGAGAGUUCCAUGCUACAGGUCAUAUGCCGACCAGAAGCCACUUCAAAAGAAGAAGCGUUCACCUUCCACACUGUCCACCGAGACAGGCCUCGCAAGCUUUACGCAGAAAGAGCUCUGAAUUUGCCUCUCGGGGCAGAACUUAUCACCGGUAACAUCUGUGACCUCCUGUCCACAUCGUCUAACUCCGAGUGUCAAGACGGUCCAGUUGGGGGCCGGUCGGAAUGCCCAUUCCAGCGUCGUAUCAUCCCAGGCCACCGGCUGCGGCCUCGAAGAACACACCCUGAGAUCUUCCAGGAAGAAGACUCUAUAGAUGAAUCCUCAGAGACUACCACUCAGGAAAAGCCCUCUCGCAAGUUAUACUAUAAACUGAAGGUUUUUCCUGGAAAGUGGAUCAACGUUUUGUAUGAUCGCCUUACUCUGUUGGCAUUGCUGGACAGGAAUCAGGACAUGAUGGAGAACCUCCUAGCCGUGGUCCUGGCCUUCCUGGUGUCCUUCCUGGGAUUUGUCCUUUUGAACCAAGGAUGCUUCAAGGACAUAUGGGUCUUCCAGUUCUGUCUAGUCAUUGCCAGCUGUCAGUAUUCCUUGCUGAAGAGCGUCCAGCCCGACGCCGCUUCCCCCACCCAUGGACACAAUCCGAUUGUUGCCUACAGCAGAGCUGCGUACUUCUGCAUUUUCUGCAGCCUGAUUUGGAUCCUGGAAGUGCUGCUUAUGAAAGUGCACUUUCCGGUGUCCACAAUAUAUGGCAUAACAGUUGUGCCGUCAGACGCUCUUAAAAUCCUCAGAGAUAGCUUAGUUGGUAUUACAUACUGCUUUCCAAUUAUAUUUCUCAUUGGCCUGCUGCCCCAGAUCAACACGUUUACAAUUUACUUGCUGGAACAAGUGGACAUGCAUCUGUUUGGCGGAACUGCCGCCACAGGGCUCCCCUCGGCACUCUACGGCAUACUGCGGAGCCUGGUCACCCUGGCGCUGCUUUACGGAUUCUGCUUUGGCGCUCUGAAGGAACCCUGGGACGAGCAGCACAUUCCUGCACUCUUCUCUGGUUUCUGUGGCCUCCUGGUGGUCUUCUCCUACCACCUGAGUCGCCAGAGCAGUGACCCAACGGUCCUUGGGUCUUUGAUAAGGUCCAAACUGGUGCCUUCCCUGGAGUGCAGAGCAGAAGAUGACAGCAGUUCCUCUGAAGAGAGCCGGGACCCACUCCCAGAGAAGCUCAGGAAUUCGGUGGUAAGAAGGCCAGUUGGCACAUCUGCGCACAAUGUGAGCCCCCAGUUGGCACUCGCCAAGUCCUCUGGAACAAAGUACGCCUCCCGUGGCUCUCUCGGUCAUAGUGCUUGGUCGCUGCAAGAAAAAAACCUUUUGCUGUUGUUGCAGAAGGAGGUUCUACAUUCUGAUUUAGUGGUGUGCACCAUUGCUUCGGUGCUGACCUUUGCAGUGACAUCCAGCACCGUCUUCCUGUCCCUGAAGCCCUUUGUCACCAUAGUGCUGUACGCCCUGGGAGGAACGGUGGGGUUUGUCGCCCACUACCUGAUCCCCCAGCUACGGAAGCACCAUCCCUGGCUCUGGAUCUCGCACCCGGUGUUAAAAAGCAAGGAGUACUCCCAGUUCGAACCUAGAGACGAUGCCCACCUGAUGUGGUUCGAGCGCCUCUACGUGUGCCUGCUGUGCUUCGAGAAGUACAUCAUUUACCCGGCUAUCGUCCUCAGCGCUCUCACCAACGACGGCUUCUCCCUGAGCCACCGCAAGCGCAUGGGCAUCCACUGUGAUGUCUUCUUGAUGACAGUUGCUGGGAUGAAGCUCCUCCGCAGCGCCUUCUGCAAUCCCAGCUUCCAGUUCGUCACGCUCGCCUUCACCAUCAUCUUCUUUGAGUUCGACUGCAGCAGGGCCUCGGAGACCUUCCUGCUCGACUUCUUCCUCAUGUCAAUAGUCUUCCACAAGCUCUGGGACCUUCUUCACAAGCUGCACUUCAUCAUGGUCUACAUUGCACCUUGGCAGAUUGCGUGGGGUAGUGCUUUCCAUGCCUUCGCCCAGCCCUUUGCUGUACCUCAUUCGGCCAUGCUGCUGCUGCAGACCCUCAUCACCACGGUGUUCUAUGCGCCCCUGAGCCCCUUCCUGGGAAGCGCCAUCUUCGUAACAUCCUACCCCCGCCCGGUCAAGUUCUGGGAGAGGAACUACAACACGAAACGUAUUGAUAACUCCAACAGCAGACUGGUGUCGCAGGUAGACAAAGACACAGGCGGCGAUGACAACAACCUGAACUCCAUCUUCUACGAGUACCUGACCCGCUCGCUGCAGCGCUCGCUGUGCGGGGACCUCAUGUUGGGCCGCUGGGGAAACUACAGCGCUGGCGAUUGCUUCAUCCUGGCCUCCGACUACCUCAACGCCCUGGUGCACCUCAUUGAGAUCGGCAACGGCCUGGUUACCUUCCAGCUGCGGGGCCUGGAAUUCAGAGGCACUUACUGCCAGCAGCGGGAAGUGGAAGCCAUCACCGAGGGCGUAGAGGAGGAUGACGCAUGCUGCUGCUGUGAGCCAGGCCACCUGCCUCAUGUGCUGUCCUGCAACGCUGCCUUCAACCUGCGCUGGUUGGCCUGGGAGGUCACCACCACCAAGUACCUGCUGGAGGGCUACAGCAUCAGCGAGAACAACGUCACCACCAUGCUGAUGGUGUACGACCUGCACAAGCUGCUCAUCACAUAUUACCUGAAGAGCAUCAUCUACUACUUGAUCCGCUCUCCGAAGCUGCGCGACUGGCUCAAAGAUCCAUCCGUUCUGGAAGCGCUCCAGGCGUACACCAAGUGGCACCACAUUGAGAGGGACCCGGCUGUGUUCAGCGUCAAAAUCGACGAGGAUUACGUACACUGCCUCCAGGGUGUGACGCGGGCCAGCUUCUGCAGCGUCUACCUCGAGUGGAUCCAGCACUGCGCCAGCAAGGAGGAUGAGCCUGUUGAGUUCGAUGAAGACUCUACGCUGGUGACUCUGUGCUUCGCCCUGUCAGUGCUGGGUAGGAGGUCCUUGGGGACGGCCUCUCACAACAUGUCCAACAGCCUGGAGUCCUUUCUGUAUGGCUUCAAUGCCCUGUUCAAGGGGGACUUCCGCAUAUCUGCCAAGGACGAGUGGGUAUUUGCUGAUGUGGACCUUCUCCAGAAGGUGGUCUCCCCAGCGGUGAGGAUGAGCCUGAAGCUCCACCAGGACCACUUCACUUGCCUGGAGGAAACGGAGGAGCCGGCCGUCUUGUACGAAGCCAUCCGAAGCUACGAGGCCAACCUGGUGAUCUGCCACGAGGGUGAUCCAGCUUGGCGCCGUGCAGUGCUGCUAGGCCGCGACACCUUGCUCACGCUCAGGCACAUGAUGGAGGACGGAGUUGACGUCUACAAGAUACUCAUGCUCUAUAAGAGACACCUGAGCUUCAAGGUCAUCAAGGUCAACAAGGAGUGUGUACGAGGCCUCUGGGCUGGCCAGCAGCAGGAGCUGGUGUUCCUGCGCAACCGGAACCCCGAGCGGGGCAGCAUCCAGAAUUCCAAACAAGCGUUGCGCAACAUGAUCAACUCUUCAUGCGACCAGCCGUUGGGCUACCCCAUGUACGUGUCUCCACUCACCACGUCCUACAUGGGCACACACAGGCAGCUGAGAAGCAUCUGGGGAGGCCCCAUCAGCCUGGAGAACAUCAGGGCCUGGCUGCUCUCCAAGUGGAUGAGAGUGCGAAAGGACAAUCUAGCCAGCUGCAACAGCGGAGUCAACAUGGAUGACGUGGACUGUGGAGGAGGUUCAUCCACGCUGAGUCAGAACCACAACUCCAUCACUUCCCAGAGCCUGAGUGGGUACCAGGCCCGACCCAGAACCUCGCAGGCCAACCGGCAGCAUGCCGCGGCCAGAAGAGAGUACCGGAGCCGGUCCGUGCAGCCACAGCCGCAACGGCCCCCCGUCACCAGCCAGUCAGGCCCCAUCCUGGACAGGCAGCAGGUGUCCACCACAGCCCAGGGACUUGUCCAGCGCCUCUCCAACAGCCAGCUCUCCUUCAACACCUCCAUCGCCUCCAUCUUCUCCCAGGUGCCCCGGCUGUCCACCGCAGGCCAGCUGAGUUCCCAGGUGCAGGCGGCCGCCCUGCACCGUUCCGGCCAGGCCUCGUCUUCCAGCUCGACCCUCAGCCUGCUAUUCGGCAAAAGGAGCUUCUCUAGCGGCCUGGUCAUCUCCGGCCUGUCAGCCGCCGAGGGGGGCAACACCACCGACACGCAGUCUUCCAGCAGCGUUAACAUAGCCGUGGGCCCUUCCUGCCGGUCCGGGAGCCGCGCUACGCAGUGGACCACCGAGGCCUACGAAAGUCUCGAUGCCACCCACUCCAACGUAGCCGCGGGGCUCAAAGGCGCCACCCCGUCCGCGGACAAAACCUGCGGUGCCGGAAUGGACAGAAGCCAGGAGGAAUCCGCCUCCUCGGCCUUCCACGAGCUGCCGGAGCAGAGGACCAUUUGAGGCCGUCGGAUCCUGCUCCGCUUGCCAGCAUGCUGGGUGAAAAUGUCCCAUCAUCUGUAGACAGUGAUCAUGUCCUUUACACAAGUGUUUUUUUUUUUUUUUUUUUUUUUUUAAACCAAAAGGAACCGACAGCUAGAGCGGAAGGAUCAGGAUUAAGGCACAUAGAGAUGAUACCCAUGACCUUCUUUGUAGCUAAUAAUAACAACAUUAAAAGUUCACACUAAUCUUUACAUCUUUGUAUCCUGUUCUAAUUGGCUUGUGCAAGACCCAACCGAAAACCAACAGGAUUCUGCGGUUCGAGGACCCUGGUUCAUAAACGUCUCACGUUUUUUCCGUCCGAACCCUCCCAUGAACAGGACGAAUUCUUCACGUAUCUAAGGCGGCUUCCGUUUGUGCGUACAGGUUUCUGUAUACCUGGAAAAUGAAAACACAUCUGUGGAUCUAAAGCAUGUCGUCGUCCUCUCACCUGACGUUUAGUGUUAGUUUUUUUUUUGUAGAAAGCAGUCGUAUCAGGAGAUUCAGCCUUGAGCCAUGUUUGGCAUCACUGGAUGUAUGUUUCUCACCUGUCUUGUUUACCAGGGUAGAGAACACAGAGUUACACAUGGCUCUGGAUGAAUGCUCUCCCCGAGGAACUCACAUGAGACGUGUGCAAAAGUCUAAAAAGUGUUUAUUGUUGUAAGGUGUUACAUUAAAGUUCAGUGUUUCUUUUUUUUUUUUCUAGCAGCACUAUUGAAAUACACAGAAAUAUUAAAAGGGCAGUUACAACUUUUUUUUUUUUUUUCCUUUUCUGCUGGGUAUUGUUGUGUAAACAGUUCAACAACCAGACAAUUUCUCACCAAAGGUUUCUAAAGUGGUUGUUUUCCAAGCUGAUUUUUUUUUCUUUAAUAAAGCAAAAAAAAAAAAAAAAAAAAAAAUCUCAUCUUUGAUUAAUAACACCAUUUUUCAGAACAGCUGGGGGGGGAAAAAAAAAAACUAAUGAAAUCAGAGUAAAAGAAAUUAAUUACAUCUCAAAUGACAUUUAAUUUCAAACAUGUGGCGUGAGAUAUUUUCUUCUGGGUCGCAAAGAAGUCCUAAAUCAUUCAAGACAUUUGGACAGCAUAUGGCUGCUUUGAGGAGGAAGGAAAAAAAAAUUACUGGAUUUAUUACAACACAAGGACAUCGUGCCUCUAGUUUUCCUGGAAAUCUGUGAUCAUUCCUCAUAAUGUGCCUCAAGCGUAACUUUUCACAUGCCAGGUUUGUACAAAUUUGCAUCUCAUCUGAGUACCAAACACUGGAUUUAUUAACAUGGUAGCAUGGAGAAUGAGGGUUAUUCAGGAGAGUGUAUAUGGUUUUUUUUUUUUUUUUUUAAGUAUACACUCACACUUUUUCCCACUUGAGCAGAGCAGGAAACUACAGCUGAUGAACUUCUUCCAGCUGUGCACAACCUGAACACGGCGACCUCCCCGGGAAGGUUCGGCACGGUCGCAGUAAGAGGCCAGAGGCGUAAAAUAAAAAACUUUUGGCACUUCCCCAAAACAUUCCAUCACAUAAAAGAGUUUAUUCAAUUUCCAUCAAGUAAGUAGGAACUUUUUUUUCUUUUUUUUUUUUUUUUAAUAGAUCAUUGAACGAGCCACACACGGUUUCCAUACUGCAAGCGCCGUGUCGGGUUUUUGUUUUCCGUGCGAAAACACGAAGACUGACAUAUUCUGAGGGAACCAAACUGGUACUAUGCUUGCCAUGCAUUAUGGGUACGGGUAAAUGCCAGAGAGAGAAAAUAUUAAUUCUCCAAAAAUACUUUUCACAGCCAAGAGUCUGGCGAGUGCGAGAAACACUGGGAUAGAGUCCGGCUCCAACAGCCACCAAACGGUCACCUUGUCGGAACAAGUCUCCACCGCGAUACUCUAUAACGUGGUUAUGUCUUUUCCCAUCAUUUAACGCUAACAAUUAGAGACCCAUCCAAACAGUCUGGGUGGCGCUCGCAUCGCGGUCGGCAGCGGCUGCUACCCGGGGCCAACUUGGUCGCGUUCACCUUUCUCGAAAGGCACCCAGCCAGUUCCCACACAGACCCUGACCUUCGUGAGGCUUCGCUCUGAAAAGCCUCCCACCGUGCUUCUAUACAAGCUACAAAUGAUUCGACAGCCCUGACGCUGAAGGAACAGGGGUCGACUUCACUUGUACCUGGAGCUGCCAGCCAAACAGCCACGCAAUAAUGGCAGUGACCUGAAUGACGAACACCAGGCUUGGUGUCCCUCAUCUGUUCACUUCAGUUUGCAUUAAAAAUAUUCCUCACAUAACUUUUCCCAUUCAAAGUUCCCUCAAAAAGGGACAAUGACGUAAAUUUAGAAAAAUUCCCAUAUAUUUACACUUCCAGAAAGUUGCUCGCGCUAAAUUGAUUUGGCAAUAAAGUGAAUAACCAAAUCGGUCAUUAAGUAAUUCGGCAAACGGUAUCAGAGAAUCAUGCAACAACUAAGUGCUCAAUCUCAAAAAGACCUAUUAUACCAUAAUCUCAUUAAUAUAAAGAGGAUUGAAAUAAUUCAGGUAAUUUUUCCAAGAAUGCACUGGGAAAAAAAAAAAACAAAAAAAAAUCAUAUCCUUUAUAUCACCCAGACAGACUCGUCGAGUAAAACCUCUGCCCCACCAAGGAGUUUAAAAAUUACUAGUUGUCUGCAUAUUGCAGUACUUGAAUACAUACUCAUACAGUAUUGUUUAUGAUAAAUAACUUUAUUAUUCUAUUAAUCAGAGGCAUGCUGAAUAUAAAUAUAUUUUUCAAUUAAAUUUUUUUCCACUGUCCCAAAACCCUAAAAAGACUAAUAUUUUCAAUUCUUAGUUGACAGCAUCAACAAAGACUGUAUUCUUCAAAAAUGUUUGGCAUUUAAAAUGAGCAGGUCUACAUAGAUCAGAUUAAAGAGUUUCCAGCAAAUAUGAAAUGAAAAGUAAGCAAUAACGGUUAUCAAAUAUACUGGCUGUGUGAUGACGACAAGUCUGGAGGGGGGGAACUGCAGGGAUUGAAAUUGAGAAGAAAAGAAUGUAGGGAACAGUUAUUUCGUUCAUUUAUCUGAGCAUGUCAUCUUUCGCCAUCUGUGUAUGUUUAUUCAGAAGUGUUAAAUCUCAUCUCGACCAACUCAAAACUAUCCUUUAUACCAAAGCCACGUCUCUUGAAGAAGGGGAAACGCAUCAGCUCGACUUCUGUACGGUUCUGUAGAAUCCUAAGACGCCACCAGGUUACAAUUUAAGAUCGUUUUUCGGGAAUGUUUAUCCAUGGCAACAAAUUCUUGCCCCCCCCCCAAAAAAAAAGAUGUAGAACUUAUCACCAUUGUUAGAAAGACCAAAGAUUUAAGACAUUUGCCUUCAAAACCUUGCGCAGUAUACAUUGUCUACAACUCAGCACAAAAUUUGCUACAGAAUUUGCUAUGCUGGACACAUAGAGGUCUGGGGUCUCUUUCAGGGGGCUUUUCCCUACCCAAGGAAAGUUGUGUCACUGGGUCCUUCUCAGAUCUUUCUCCUUGCUCCAUUAAGGUUUUGCUCUGUGGGUGGAAAACGGUGGCCACUUGCCACUUCCAGGGGUUGAACAUCGGUGUCGGGGACCACGGAAUACCUUGGUUGCCUGGAGUCUCCCAGAUGGAAGAACCAGCUGAGGUCCGACCAUGGAGCAGCACAUUUUCAGGCUGGCUGACUGGGUUGAGCAGAAGGUUUCCAGGCUCUACAAUAGCAUGACCAUGGGCUUUCAUGCAGGAAAGGCCCCUUGGCUCAGCUGAACUUCAGACCAGGCUUUCAGUACCUGGAGAGCCUGGCAUAAACCCUACUGGUACAAGGCACUGUGGGACGCCUCUGCUGGGUAUGCUGUCCAACGGUCUAAAUUUGGCUCAUCAUACACUACCCCUUCGGCCAUUUAUGAAAAUCCGCUUCUAACGUGACACAAAUAAUCAGUCCUGUUUCCCCGUGAUGUUGGUAGUCAACUUGAAUUCAAAGAGUUGUGUUCGACUUCCCUGAAGUAGAUUUUAAUGUCCUUUCCUCCCCACUACAGAAGUACUAAAUGCAUUCAACAAGACAAUUUGAUUUAUUUACAUACUAUAUAGUUGCAAACAACAACAACAAAAACUGUUUGAUGCACUUUCUCUACUUUAAAAUUGUUGCCAGGAAACAGCAAGGCAUACCAAGCCACGACCUUGUCUAUUUGUGGCAUUACUGGAAAUACCAUGUAAUCUCAACAACCUCGAGAUGUGUCAUCCAAAUGUCAUCCGCUUUUAUAUUUUAGCCGACGGGGGCUCACUUAGCCGUGGUGCAACAGCUGAAGCUACGCUAAAUCUGGAUGAGCCAGUAAAUCAAUCACUGCAGAAAAAUUGAUACAAUAUUCAGUGUACAAACACCAUCAGCACUCACUUUAAAAAUGUUAAUCUGCGCAGCAUUCUGCAUGUUAUUGUAGCAUCAUAUGUCCCAUUGUGUACCUAAGGAGUUCUUUUCAUUUAAUGUUAGAGUAUAACCAGCAACGUGACCUUCUGCGUUACUCAACCAAAGGAAAACACAGUCUCUACCACCCACCGGAAGGCGCUUUGUAGAAAUAUGGCAGGUGGCACAUCUGGAUUAUAUGUAAAUAUGAGCAAUAUCUGAAUGGAACAAAGGUAAAAGAUGACUGAUUCAGGAUAUACCGUAAAUGGGCACGCUAUCGGAAUAUUGAGAGACGGUGCCCCCCGUGAAAAAUCUGAGACCCCAUGUUCUACUAAGUGUCACCAAGCUCAGUGCCACAGAAAAAUCCGGAUGGAACAAGGUUGUUGCAGUUAGUGCGACUCAUUUGAACAUCAAGGCUUUAAUGGACAUAAUUUUACGUAGUCCUCUUUUUGUGUAUUUUAUGACAACAGUGAAAGGACACUUGAUGGAGACGGCUCUUUUGGUGCUUGAUUUCUUUGAUUUUUUUUUUUUAUAAGACAUUUUGCAAAGAUCAAAGGGUAAGUUAUCAAACUGCAUUAAGAAAUCAGCAAUAUUACUAAGGUUGCCUGUAAAAUGACCAGCUGUUAUGAUGUGUCCAGCUAGUAAAUUUCAGCACACCCCUUUGCAGAGGCUCUCCAAAGAAGGACCUCACAUGUGUCGUCAGCCAAACCACUGAGCGACUAACGUUUCACCGCACCAAAGAAAAAAAAAAGAAAAAAAACUACAGCUUGCGGAUGGUGGCGGCACAGGAUUUUACCCCCCCCCCAAAAAAAAGUCAAUGUGCAUAAUGGGAUUAGAUGACAGUCCAGAGGUAGAUAUUUCUGUUCCCAGGAUUUUAUCUUUUCUAUAGAAGUGCCCCAUGUAGCCCUUCAGCACAGCAAAAUCCUUUGUGAAAGUCAAACAAAUGCACCUUGGGAAGGAAAUUUAAAAAUAAAGAUAAAUAAAAAAAUUUUUUUUAAAAAAAAGGACAAACACACCAAAAAAGAGAGACCGUGUCACCAUACCUUGAUUGAACAAUUGUUUUUGAACUCGCUAAUGUCCCGACAGCAAACAAUAACACCAAUAGCUGCUUUAGUUACAUCAAAUGCCUCCUUACGUUAAAUCAAUUUUCAUGGGCCUGAAAGAAAGUAACGCACACAAAUCAAGCGGCCAUGAAUUAAGGAGCUGGUAAACACUUAGCAUCCAUCCAAGAGUGUAUUUUACAUUUAUAGUGAUCUGUCCUACCAAGAUGUCAUAACACAGCCACAAUUGAGACAAGACAUGAAUUUAUUUAAACUUUAUAAACUUUUUCUUCUUACCAUCACGAAGGCAUAUACUAUGUUCUCUAUAUAUUACCUUGAUAUAUGUAUAUAGAAAUAAAAAUAAGAAUACAUUUUUGCUGAACAAGGUCGAGUAUCAGCAAAGGGCAAUGUAAACCAUGUUCCGCUCAACUUAGCCAAAAAGCUCCCAAACCCUUAACCUUCCCAUUUUACAACAGUAAAAUAUUUGCAUAGGCAAAAUGAGUUUUAGCCCUUAAACAGUAUAUUUCCUGAAUUCUUUAUAUAUCUAAAAAUCUAUUUCAGCUGAACACAAUAAAACAAACAAAAGAAAAGUCAGCUACUUUUUUGUCAACUCUCAGUCCGUAGGGUUUCGUUCCCUCAAACAAGUUUCAUUUACAGUGUUAGGCUUCAAGUAGGUCUAAACAGAAAUUUUACAUUGAUAACUAGAUGUGAAAUAAAUAAAUCGACAUGAGAGGUAGUGGUAUACCCUAGUGACACUCUCAGAGGAGAAGCUAUGUAGAUAAGGCCAGUAUUCUCAAUAUUGUAAUAAAUACAAUGCAUUAGUUCAAAAUUGUACUGUUUGUCAACAAACAUCUAGCACAGCAUUGUGUUUCAUUGCUGCUAUAACCAUUACUAUCUUUUAUUUUAACAAAGUCAAAUGAAAAAAAAGUCAGAAGUAACAUCAAGGUGUUCAACCUCUGUAGUAAUAAGAGGAAAAUAUCCGGGAAUUUUGAGCACUGGCUGGAAAGGAAUCGCUAUGUGAAAAACCCAAAUUCCUCCACCCACAUACACACAUAUCCACGAAGCGUAUGUAUAUAUGAUGCGUCGUCGCUUCUGUCAGGGUAAGCCAGCGGAGCAUCGCAAAUCUCAAGCCUUUCCACGGGGUGAAGAGCGCUCGGCUUCCGAUGCCAGAGUGGUUUGUAAACACGUCGAAUGUAAACAAGAGUUAAAACGUGUCCGGACGGCGGAAAAAAGCGAACCGCUUGGCUGCUUUCACAACCCAAGGCUUCGUAGCUAAUACGUUUCAAAAGGACCUCUAAACCGAAUGAGAGAGACCGUCAACGCAGGUCGAACGUGUCAUCGAAAAGCAGUUUCUGAAAAAUGGAUCAAGGCAGCCCAGCAGGCUGAGAGCUCAACAUCAAUCCGCAUGCAUUUCGCCGGCUGCAACCGAAAAAACUCGGAGAUGUCUAUAAUGCCAACGUUUGCCUUCUAGCUACAUACAUAACGAAAAAACUAGGGUACCGUGCAAACCUGUACGGCCUGAAAACGAAACGUAAGGUGUCUAGAAUACUAUUCAAUUGCACUUAAACGACCCACAGGUUUCCAUCAAUCUUCUCGAACGCAAAGGUACAACGGACCACAAAAUGUUGUCCAGCGGCAUUUUAACAGAGAAAUACGCCAACGGUCGCAUAUUCGGACAAAGCUGAUAUGUCAGCUCGAACGACGCUCCUCCGAUUGCUUGGAUGAAGCGUCAUUCUAUCGGUCCAGUUGAAAGACUACUGAUAAUGCAGACUAUAUUCUUUGAAAAAUUGUUUACUCAUGCAUUGCUAUUAUUAUCAUUAUUACCGUUAUUUUAAAUAGCACAGGAAACGACAGGUAGAGGCCAAGGAACUCUAAGAAACAUUUAAGUUCAGUUGGCACAUUUUUCUACACUGUAUAAAAAAAAAAAAAAAGUGGCCACCCCCUUCCCCCGAAAGUAAGUCAUCUUUAGCUCAUUUCUAAAAAUUUUCAACAAGCUACAAGAUCAAUUUAACGGCACGGCUAACGCGUCGUCCGGGGUGGCCGCAUUCCCGGCGCGGAAAUCGGAAAUCCGUGGUGUAAACCGUUCGUUCUCGUUUAACAUCGAUGCAUGCUGGCAAUAGUAAAUAACUCACAACUCUGGAACAACUGUUUUAAAAAUAAAAAAAAAAACUAUCUUUCUGCACAACGUUAAUGUGUUCGGAAAACCCAGAUGCACUUUUUUAAAAAAAAAAAAAAAAAAAAAAAACAAACCGCAUACCCUCAGGCCUUGCUUCGACGUGUGGUUCUGUCACAGAACGCUGAACCACGAGGCCCCCGGCUGAGACUGUCGCCUGGGGUCAGAUACUGCCACGAGCAGCACCGCGAGCGCUGCUGGUGCGGAACUGUAACAGACACACCUUACACAUCUUACACCUUCGCUAACAAAGCCUUCCGAUUGCUACUUUUCAUUUUAAAUGUACACCGGUACGUAUCCAAAACGGACACUUUAAAAAAGUCCUCUAAAGCAUUAAAAAUUUUCGAUUUAUUUCAGAAAUCAAAAACGUAGCGCUUCAUUUCAUAUACUAACAACGAACACAUCCAUACUACACCUGUGCUUCUUUCUUUGUGUAAAACGUGGUCAGGGUGUGGCGGUGGGUAAGGACGCGAGUCGGAAAACUGCGGUUGUGACCGGCAUGUGAACGCAGCUCGAGGCUUUGUCGUUUUUGCAGUGGCGAGUGAUAUCGGUAACAUAGGUAGCUGCACAACCACUUUGCAGUGCUCUAGCCCUUACUUUCCCCCCGGUUUCACCCAUAAAAAAAGGAACGUGCUUGAACAAAGUCGGAGUACGGGCAACACCGUGAUGAUAACACUGUGCCACCUCACCUACAAAAAAAAAAAAAAAAAAA